UUCUGUUGUGACCCAUGGGCUUGGAACUAUCCACUAGAGGCUGGUGGCUUCACCAAUGCUACACAACAGAAAACAAUGACUUCCCCUCCAGUAGAACUGGUGAGUAACUAAUAGUGGGGGAGGGGUGGGGAAUAGGGCUUCAUAAGCCCCUCCCCCGUCCAUAAUGAUUGUUCAUAGGACUGGUCCUGUGCAGGUCCCGUGCAGGUAACUGUGGCUGCUGUGAGUUCCUGAUUACAAUGGCCAUGUUAUGCCCAGAAACAUGGGCAUGUAAAACCCUAACUGAGACAACCAUGUUCUAUUAUCAGAUCCCUCAGUCUCUUAAUAAAAGAACCUUUUAAAUACUCAUGGAUCGAAAGACACAGAUUAAGCACAAUACAAAGAUAGAGGGGAUUUCAACACCCUGCUUUUACCAACAGACAGGCCACCCAGAAAAAACCAAACAGAGAAACUUUUGGAGUCAAAUGAUGUAAUUCAAAUAGACGUAACAGAAGAGGAAAACAGUCCCUUUCCCUUAUUUCCUGUUCUCACAUUCUUUCAGUUCCUGCAGUUAUGAUGUUCCUUGAGUCUUCAAAGGGUACUAUAUAUCUUAUUUAGGGAUAAGCAUUCAACAGUCACUUAUUCUCAGCACCUGGAGCAUCUAUGAGUCUAUAUCCACUGCCAUUCACUGCAGAGAGAGGCUUCUUUGAUUGAAGCUGAUAGUAACAAUUUCCUGUGGAUACAAACAUAACUGUUUAUAAGACAUUUUGAUGCUGUGCCAAUUUAAUUAAACAGCAUUGGUGAAUUUACCUCAGGGCCUGUAACUUCUAAAGACAUGUAUUUUUGGCUGGAUUGACAGUAUCAGGAAUGGGUGGUCUCCCAGAAAGCAAAUGCAGAGAGUGGUUGGUUACCUCCAAAAUAGGCAUACCACUAUUGCACAAGUGGGCUCAUCAUGCCUGUCAGGUUGCUAUUGAAGUUCUUAUAAUUCACAGCUGGUUAGGAAUGGUGGUGCAUUCUCUUCUUCAGGAGGCUAUGAAGUCCAUUUUGGCAAUAUGAAAGUGAGUUAGGCAGGAAGACAUUUUCAACUCAGUUUCUCUAAAUCUUGCAAACAGGGUAUGUGAUAUCUUCAGCAAUGAGGUCUUAUUAUGUAGUUCUGGUAAACAAUCAAGAAUAAUGGUAAGAGCCCUUAUUUUUUGGGGGGGGAGUGGUGCUCUUGGUUUCCUUGACUGGCAACACAAAGGAAGGUAUCCAAAGCUGGUACUCAGAUAUCUAUUUAAUGAUUUCUAGAAUCAGCAUCAUCUAGCCGUGUAGGGUGUCACCCUUCUAAGUAAUUUUUCUUAAUGUAUUUUUAGUUGGGUUAUAAGACAGUAGGUUUCCAUUUGGCUUUUUCAUAUACAUCCUGUUUUGGCUAACCCUCUAUCCCAUUCCCUUAUUUCCCUCAUCCCCUUUCUCCAUCCCAUGUUUAAGCCCUUCCACCCAUAGUAUUCAUCCUCAAAACUUUCAAUUAACCUGUUGUGGUGGUUUGAAUAUGCUUGGCCCAGGGAGUGGUACUAUGAGGAAGUCCAGCCUUCUUGGAGUAAGUGUGGCCUUGUUGGAAGUAUGUCACUGUGGGAAUGGGCAAUGAGACUCUCCUCCAAGCUUCCCGUGAAACAGUCUUCUCCUAGCAACCUUCAGAUCAAGUUAUAGAAUUCUUCAGCUCCUCUUAUGCCAUGGUUGCCUGGACACUGUCAUGUUUCUACCUUGAUGAUACUAGACCGAACCACUGAACCUGUAAGCCAGCCCCAAUUAAACCCUCAAGACAGUUUCCACCCCACAAGGUCUUCUAUAACCUAGGCUAGCCUACAACUCAAAAUGUCUCUGAGUAUGAUUGUGGUAGUUUGAUUGGUAUGGCCCUCACAGACUUAGGUGUUUGAAUGCCCCACAGGGAGUGGCAUUACUAGGGGGUAAUGCCUUGUAGGAGUAGGUGUGGCUUUGUUAAAGGAAGUAUGUUACUGAGGGUGGGCUUUAAGGUUUCAGAUGCUCAAGCCAUGCCCAGUGUCACUCUCUCUCUCUACUGUCUUUGGAUGUAAAUGUAGAAAUGUCAGCUCCUUCUUGAGUACCAAGUCUGCUUGUCUACCUCCAUGUCCCACCAUGAUAAUGGACUGAACCUCUGAAACUGUAAGCUAGCCCUAAUUGAAUGUUUCUUUUUAUAAGAGUUGUCAUGGUCAUGGUGUAUCUUCACAGAGAUAAAACCCUAACUAAGACAGAAGUUAGUACCAGGGACUAUGGUAUUACUGUGAUAGGCCUGGACAUGCCUUUGUUUAGAGGAAUGUGGAUUUGGGACUUUGGAUUAGGAAAGCAGUGAAAUGCUUUAUUUAAGUAAGACUUAAUGAACUAUCCCAUUAGUAGGAACAUAGACAGUGGUGUUGAGGAUGAUUUGAACUGUGGGACCUGGCUUAAGUGAUUUCAGAAGAGAAUUUUAGUAUGUAGACUGUUCUUGUGAUAUUUUGGCUAAUGUGACUGCUUUUUGUCCUCACCCAAAAUGUUUGCUUGAGGCCAAAGUGAAGAGUUUUGGAAUGAAUAAAGGAAAUCUCAAAACCAUCUAGUACAGACUCUGUUGUGUCAUGCUCACUCUUAUGAAGAACAUUUUAAUGAAAAGGAGCAAGCUUAGCAAGGAAAAAUACAAAAUGUAUAGUUCAUGAAGAAAAGGGGCAGCCAGAAGUGAAAUGGAGCUAAAUUCUGGGUUUAAGGAGACACACAGAUUAAAAAUAUUAACUGGAAAAAAGGCAGUGGUGACCUCAGGACAAGAUCCCACCCAUCUAAGCUUCCAUUUUGUGAAAAGAACUUAGAGACCUAAACCACUUUAGAUCCAGGUAUGUUGGUACACACCUUUAAUACUAGCAGUCAGGAGGCAGAGUUAUGUAUAUCUCUGAGUUCAAGGUCAGCCUGGUCUACAAAGCAAAUUCCAGGACAGCCAACCUUAGGGGAUGAAGGAAGUCAUCGAAAAUAAAAAACUGGUGAACAAUGUAAUUGAACAAGGGGCCAUGUUCCAGCACCAACAAGCAGAACUUGACAGCCUCUGCCACAUGGUUCUGGCUUUAGAGUCAAGGAUAGAAGAAAGGGGUUGUGGAAUCUCCCUCUGUGGCUAAGGAAAGCUGCUGAGGCUAUCUCUUCAUGGAGGCUCAGAGAGGCCAUUGUGUCAAGCUGUUUAGAUGAAGCCUGGAUUGCCUUUGAGAUCCCAAGGGAUUAGUGAUGUCAGAGCUGUGGAGCACCUGUUAAGGAAAGCAGACAACAGGGAAUAGAACCAGCCUAAGAGAAAGAAGUGUGCUACAGUCAACAAAGAUGAAAGGAGUCGGAGAUCUGAAGAGCAUUUUGACACCAGACAUGGAGAUAUAGAGUUUGGAGUCUGUCCAGCUGGUUUUUGGUCUUGCCUUGAUCCAGUAUUUCCUUCCUAUACUCCCUUUCCUAUGUUUUGAAAUGUUAAUGUAUGUCCUGUGCAUUAGAUGUUAGAAGUAUGUGAUCUGUUUUUUUGAUUUUGAUUGUGUAGAGGAUUCCAAUUAAGAUGCAUGAGUCUCAGAAGAUACUUUGAACUUGGAACUUUUAUACAUUGUUGAGACUGUGAUAGACUACAGAACUUUGCAUUUUCCAUUAUAUUGUGGCUACACACCUCUGGGGGACAGGGAGUAGAAUGUGGUAGUUUGAAUAGGAAUGACCACAUAGACUCAUGUGCUUGAAUGCUUAGUCCAAAGGGAGUGGCACUAUUAGGAGGUGUGGACUUGUUGGAGUAGGUGUGACCUCAUUGGAAGAAGUGUGUCACUUUGGGGUCAGUACUGAGAUCUCCUAUACUUAAGCUAUGCCCAGUGUGGCACAUACUCUCCUUUUGUUGCCUGAGGAUCUUAGAUCCUUCUCCAGUGCCGUGUCUGCUUGCACACCAUCAUGUCUCACCAUGAUGAUAAUGGACUAAACCGCUGAAACUAUAAGCCAGCCCCAGUUAAAUAUUUUACUUUAUUAGAGUUGUUAUGGUCAUGAUAUCUCUUUACAGAAAUACAACCCCAACUAAGACAAUGAUCUUAUACUUCUUGUCCUCCUGCUUUCUGAAUGCUGGGAUUGCAGGUGUGCAACACCAUGCUCAGUUUAUACAAUACUGAAGAUCAAACACAGGGCUUCAUGGAUUGUAGACAAGUGUUCUACCAACAUUGUCACAUUCUAGUUCAGCAUUCUGUAUUUUAAUACCACAAUGAGAAAAACCUUUGCUCUCUCUUUUUCCUGCUAAGUGUUUUCUCAAAUGUCUGCUGGCCCUUGGCCUGAGCUUGCCAUAUGGUAUCUUUCACUGAUGGAAAACAGGAGAACAUGAACUGCCCCCUUUCAAGACAGAGUCUCCCCGACUCAUUGCUGGAGGCUUGUUCCUGAUAGCCAUUUGGUUUUACAGACAUUUCCUUUCAUUUUUCUAUAUGAGACAAACAUCCCUAAAAAAAUAGUCUAAACUUUCAGCUGUGGUCAGACUGUGGCUCAUGAGCUGCAAGCAGCACGGGAUAGUUAUGAAUGCAGACCAACAAAAAUUAAUAAGCUUACUUAAAACAUUAUAAGAUUUCUUUUCCCAAAAAGUUAUUUUGGUAACUCAAUUAAUGACCUUUAACAAUGUGGUGUUGCAACAUAGAAGGGUUGUGUAUACUUUAUUUUGCAGUCUGAGGUUGCUUAGCUGUAGUGGGAGGUAGGAGUGAAGGAAAGCGGAUGGACAGAGGACCAAUCAAAGAGAAAGUAGACGGACAGAGGACCAGUCAAAGUGGACAGGAAAGGACAGUUUGAAGAUAACCCCAGUGGCACAGGCAUUAAGACCAAAUGGAAUCACAUAAAACUAGAAGGCUUCUAUGUAGCAAAAGAUACCAUCAUUUGAGUGAAGAGGCAGCUUACAGAUGGUAAAAAUAUUUAUCAGCUGCACAUAUGACAAAGAAGUUCUUGCAUAUGUAUUCCGGUUUAAUGUUUUAUGGAAUUCCCAAGUGUGUAAACAAAAACCUACUUGUUAUCUAAUGCAAGACAGAAAGUGGCCGGAUCCAAAUGGGAGGAGAGGCAGAAAGGAGUGAGCUAUGCAUAUUUCUCCCUGCUGAAGCAUCCCUUGCCCAGCACUGAAGGCCUGCCAGAGCUGCACUGCGACUCUAGGCCUAAUCUACUCUACUCUGCUGCAAUCUCGGAGCUUCUGUAAGGUGGACAUGGCGAUUUCCUGACUGUUCAUUUGUAUUCUGAGAGCCCUGAUAGCAACUCAAAUGGAACCAACAUUUGCCAGGCAUGUUUUCCCCUGUUUUGAUGAGCCAGCUCUAAAGGCAACUUUUAAUAUUACAAUUAUCCACCAUCCUGGGUAUGUGGCUCUUUCCAAUAUGCCACAGCUAGGUCAGUCUCACAGAAUCGAUGUGAAUGGGAGCAGAUGGACUGUCACUUCGUUCCACACCACACCCCGCAUGCCAACAUACUUAGUUGCACUUGUUAUAUGUGACUUCGACUAUGUCAGCAGAACCGAGAGAGGCAAGGAGAUACGUGUCUGGGCCCGGAAAGAUGACAUUGCAGAUGGAUAUUUAGACUUUGCUGCAAACCACACAGGCCCCGUCUUCUCAUUUCUGGAAGAUUUGUUUAAUAUCAGUUAUCCACUUCCGAAAACAGAUAUAAUUGCCUUGCCUACUUUUGUCAACGGUGCAAUGGAAAACUGGGGACUGAUGAUAUUUGACGCAUCCUUGCUCCUGGAACUAGACGAUGACCUACCAGAGAAAAGAGCAAUGAUUCUGAGCAUCCUUUCCCAUGAGGUUGGGCACCAGUGGUUUGGAAACCUGGUGACCAUGAGUUGGUGGAACAAUAUCUGGCUCAAUGAGGGCUUUGCAUCAUAUUUUGAAGUUGGACUAACUAACUACUUCUAUCCCAAAGUUCCAAGGAAUAUGAUCUUUUUUUUAACCGUUUUACAUGAUAUCCUUGAAGAUGAUCAUAGCCUGGAGUCUAGAGCUGUGUCCACUCCAGUGGAAAAUUUCACAGAAACCAGAGAAAUAAACAGACUCUUUGACAUAUAUACUUACAAGAAGGGAGCAUGCAUGGCUUGGAUGCUUGCCGGUUUCCUGAGCCAGCACUUGUUCAUCAACGCACUUAAGUCUUAUUUGGAGACAUUUUCUUACUCCAAUGCUGAGCAAGAUGAUCUUUGGAGACACAUUCAAAUGGCCAUAGAUGAGCAGAGUAUAAUUCAUUUGCCAGCAACAGUAAAACGUAUAAUGGACAGCUGGACACACCAGAGUGGCUUUCCGGUCAUCACAUUAAAUGCGUCUACCGGCGUUGUUAAACAAGAGCCGUUUUAUCUUGAAAGGGUUGAAAAUCAGACUCUUCUGAGCCACAAUACAUGGAUUGUCCCAAUUUUUUGGAUGAAAAAUGGAAUCACACAACCUUUAGUCUGGCUAGAUAAAAGCAGCAUGAUAUUUCCUGGGAUGAAACUUUCAGAUUCUGACAGUGACUGGGUGAUCUUAAACUUCAAUGUGACUGGGUAUUACAGAGUUAAUUAUGACAAGUUGGGCUGGAAGAAGUUAAAUCAACAACUUGAAAAGGAUCCUAAGGCCAUUCCUGUCAUUAACAGGCUGCAGCUGGUCAGCGAUGCUUUUGCCUUGUCUAAAAACAAUUACAUCGAGAUUGAGACUGCACUUGAUUUGACCAAGUACAUUGCCAAAGAAGAUGAAAUCCUAGUGUGGUUUGAAGUCUUGGUGAACUUGAUAAACAGGGAAGUUGUUUAUGAUGUGAAGAACUAUUAUUUAUACCCAUUAUUGAAGAAGUAUUUCCUGAAGAGACUUAACUCAAUAUGGACUAUUUAUUCAGCUAUAAUUCGAGAAAAUAUGGCAUCAUUACAAGACAAUUUUUUAUCUCUACUACCACUGAAAAAGUUUUUUGAAACUGCCUGUUGGUUGGGUCUUGAAGACUGUCUCCAGCUGUCCAGAGAGCUCUUCAGAAAAUGGAUGGCUCAUCCAGAGACUGCAAUACCUCCUCAGAUCGAAAAGGUGGUUUUAUGCAAUGCCAUUGCUCUGGGGAGCAAUAAGGACUGGGACUUUUUGUUUAAUCUUUACAUCAAUAAAACCGAGGAGCAGGAGGACUUGUUCCAUCUUGUCCAUGCAAUGGGCUGUAGUAAAGAUCCGAGGACACUUAACAGAUUUAUGGAGUAUGACAUCACUGUGUUUCCCUCCCGUUUUAACGAAACAAAUUUAAUAGAGGUUGUAGCAGAAUCUGAAGUUGGCCGGUACGUUGCAAAGGACUUUCUAAUCAACAAUUGGGUAGCUGUGUAUGAAAGGUAUGGACCACAAUCGCUGAACACUCUAGUGUCCAUCUUAGGGAGGACUGUCAGCACAGAUCAGCAGGUUAUGGAGUUGCAGCAGUUCCUCAGCACUGUGUUGGAGGAGCACCAGAGGAUUGUGGCUCAUGCCAAAUUACAGGAAAUGAAGGCGGAGAAUCUGAAAAACAAGAAAAGAAUUGCCAGGGUGGUUGAGUGGCUUCGGAAAAACACGUAAUUUUCGGCUUCUGCAUCUUACCGUCUUGUUUACUCAUUGUUCUGUCUUUCGUGUUCGGCGACUCUGGAAAACCCACUCAGCUUCUUUUAUUUCAGUCCCGUUCCCUACUCAGAGUCAUUGUGCUGAUGACCCGAUUUAUUCUACUCCAUAGUAAUGCUUAAAUGGCAUAAGGCUAACUCUCAUAACUGAUAUGAACCCCUUUACAAACCCAGAAGAUGUAAUUGUACAGUACCUUGCAUAUAGCAGUGCAUUAGUAAAACUAAUAUGUUUUAAUGGAUGCUAAUAAAACUUCUGUGCUGGGUGUCUACCUGGCAGCAUCCACUGGCUUGCCACCCCUUUACCACCUUCCUUUCUGGAGAAAAUGUAAGGAAAUGAAUAAAAGUUAUUUUGACUUGA